AUGUCGGAUUUUACAGGUAGAAAGAUUCUAAACUCAUAUUUUCCGACGAAUCUAUUAUUCAAAACACAAUGCUCUGCUGCGCCAUUUGUAGAAUUAACGAUAAUAGAUCGUCUUCGAAUUGCAUUGUCCAAUCUUGAAAGAACCACACCGCACAAAAUCCUUUCACCACCGCAUCAAAAACGCAGGGCUAGCGUGGCAAUAAUAAUUCGAAUCCGAUCUAACCCUUCUUACUCAGUAAACAUUCGUACCAAAACGACCGAUAAAAUUCCCGCGUCUUCGUCACCCUCAGAAACAUCGGAAGUAAACAGUUUAGAGGAUUUUUGGAAAUUACCAUGGGUGACCAAUGGAAUUCCCGAGAUAUUGUAUAUAAAGAGAGCAUUAAGGAAUGGAGAUCGUUGGAGCGGUCAGAUGGCUUUCCCCGGAGGAAAACAGGAUCCCGAAGACGUAGAUGAUUUGGAUACCGCAGAGAGGGAAACCUUUGAAGAAGUCGGUCUCGACCUUGGAAAUAGAGAUCAAUUCACGCACAUUGGAGCACUGGAUGAUCUAGAGGUCACCACGACAUUCGGAAAGAAAUUGUUGAUGAUCCUAUGUCCUUUCGCCGACGAUGAUGAAGCAUCUACACCUUCUACUCGUCUAGCACUCAAUAUUUCGUCCACCCACUCUCUUAAUACCUCAUACAAUGAAUUCUCCAUACUACGUGUCACAUAA